CCCCAGACGGUGACGAUGCUGAUCCUGUUCCUGCUGCCCGUGGCCUUUCUCCUGCCCCCCGGGGCUGGGGCUGGAGAAAUCAUUGGCGGACAGGAAGCCCAGCCCCACUCCAGGCCCUACAUGGCCUAUCUGAAUAUACGACAUGAAGCCAAGAGUUUUCACUGUGGAGGGUUCCUGGUGUCAGAGAACUUCGUGCUGACGGCCGCUCACUGCAAUGGAGACAAGAUCACCGUGUCCCUGGGAGCCCAUAACAUUAAACAACGGGAACAGAGUCAACAGAAAAUCUCUGUGUGCCGCCAGAUCCCCCAUCCAAAAUACAACAAAACGACCUAUAACAAUGACAUCAUGCUGCUGCAGGGCGAUUCUGGAGGCCCUCUCGUAUGCUUUGGAGUGGCCGAGGGCAUUGUCUCCAAGUGCAUCAAGAACAGCAUCAUGCCUCCUGCUGUGUACACACGGAUUUCCCACUUCAUGCCCUGGAUCACUGACACCAUGAGAGGAAUCUAGCAACACAGAGCCCAUGGCCAGCCACGGCCUUCUGCUACGCAACCUGCUCCUGGAAACAUGUGAUCAGACUUCCCCGUUAGUCUGGGCCCAGCUACUCAUUGAUUUAUGGUCAACAGAGUCCUUGUGGCCAGAUCAGAGAUGGUGUCCUGUAAUGGGGAAAGGCCCCGGGUCCCAUUCCCCACCCCUCUGAGCCAGCCAGUCCUCCGCCCUGGGGCCGGACUGGAGCUGCCACCCCCUAGAGAGACCACAUACCACGUUCCUUUCUGCUUGUAUCCUGGAUAGUCUAUGUAAAGCACUGAGGAAAAUAUGCAACGUU